AUGGAAGGAUUGGUCAUGAACCAGACAGAGGGAGACGGUUCUUCACGGAGAAGCACGAGAAACUCUCCUAAGAAGUUGAACCCCAAGAGGAAGAAAACUGACACGGGAAGCCGUCAAAAUAGACUCGGGAGGACGUUCUCUACCGAGAAUCCAUCUCCUGCCUUCAAAGAAGCCCCCAUUGCUGCCCCUCCCCCCAACCUCCCCCAAAAGCUGACUCCCCAGCCAUCGCCGGCCCUCAAGGCUAAGCAGAAGAGGCCCGUGACCAGGAAUCCUGGUGGCUCAGUUCAGGAAUUUUCCGGUGGAGCAGCGACUCUGGGCACGAAUAAGCGGACCGAUCUUCUGGUUCCGUCUGCCGGUCCAUUGGGACCUGACCCUAGCGACCUGCCAACUGAGCUUGUUGGGAUUUUCAGAUCGAUUGGAGUUGCCGGGGAGAAGCGCUCGGGCUCCGCCUUGUUCCUGCUUUCUCCUCCUCCAAGCAGCCUGCCUCUGCCCAAGUUUUCAGUGAAGCAGAAAGCGAGCUGCAGAUCUGAAGCCACCGCUGGCGGCGUCAUGGCCGUAGAUUCCGGCGCCACCGUUAGCCUCCGUCGCCUGCUCCACCUGCCUUGA